GUACACUCACAAUGAAAGCUUCUUUAUUAAAUUCCGAGACACGACUGUCUUAGAGUAAUAACACUUGCACCCUAGAGUAGACGCAGCGAUAGAUCACAAAUUUCCGGAAGAGAUAACACCCUUGUAUCUUCAGGGAUGCGGUUCACACAGGGUGAUCGAAAAGUCACGCAAUCCGUAUCCCGAUCAGUGGUAACUUCAAUACAGACUGCGCGACAUUUCAGUCACCCAGUAUUCUUCUCGUGGUCUUUCACCCGUUUUCGCAUAGCGGAAUCUCGAGGUCGUUGGACGCGCAACUAUGAUCGCCACUUCGGUUUCUUCUGCACGAUCGGACGGACUCCUCUUCAAGCUAAACGUCCCGAAUGUCCUAAAGUCGAAUGUAGCGUUAUUCGUUGUCACUUAUGUUACGCGAUAAUCCGGGAUGAUCGUGAGUAUAUUCACGCAAUCGGUUACGCGAACCGAAAGGUCCAUCACCUCGCGAAUCGAUAAGUUGUAUAACUUUCUGUUUGCGCAGUUGUUAAUCGACGAACUGCUAUUCUACAGCGGGUCACCGAAGCAGAAUCCUCAAUCUGACCGAUCGUUAGCGCACGCUUUCAUUCAUAAAAUACUCCAAGCAUUCUGCGCAAGUGCAACCGACAUACAGCGGACUCUCCUUCAACCGGGGGUGGAUUGUCCCCGAUGCAUAUUUAGGUUGUUUCCCUUUCACCAAACGUUUCCCGUGUAUCGUCAAAUCUCGUCCUAGCAAAAAUCUCGACGUAGAAAACAAACCGAACAUUUUCCUCUUUCGUUCAUUCGCUACAAGUUUCGCGACGCAACGCUCGAUUUAAAGAAUUCUCGCAACCAUCCAUUUUCUCACGCAAUCACAUCAAACAACGCACGAUUCGAACAACCCUCGUUUUAUCCGGCUUCCGUCGCUAUCACCGGGACACCGAGGAUAACUCGUCACUCCGAAGCUUCGCGCACGAGAAUCCGAACCUACCCCAAAACACCCCAACAAAGUAACCCCAUAGGGUGCACAAUCUCGACGCUAGGACUCCCCUUUCCCUUUCGCUUCAACAACGUCCCAUCAAUCUGGCCGUCCCGCACAACCGUUGGUCGGACGCACCGGCACGCAGCUACACGACGAUGCACCUUGUCAAACCUCGAAGGCCACGUGCGCGCACGCGUCACAAGUGAUGCAACACGUACACUGCUGACGUAACACGACCACCAGCGAGAGAUUCGACGUCGAGACGAGGACGAUGUUAUCGAGUGGAGGUUAGGACGACGGCUGGUUGCGCUUGCGUGCGUCCUCCUUUCCUUCCGUUCCGCACACGUUCUCUCGGUUGCGGCCCUCGCCUACGGCUUUAACCGCAACACACCACGACCAACGACAGAGUUUCCCAGCUCGACACCGUGCAACGACGCUUGCCAAGACUCGUUCCACCCUGUUCGCGGCCCGACGACACCGUGUUCCGCGACGACACUGCGUCCCUUGACGACGACACGUUCCUCGACAUCGUCACGUGACGCCGGCCCGCGACCUAUCGCAAAACUCCACUGGUGGCCAGCACAGGCGACGAAACGGUGCAAGAUUCGAAGAGACGCUUUCGAUUGAGCUUCUAUGGUGCACAGGGGGUGUUUUCGCGGGUGGAGCGCGUGAUCGAUAGACGGAUUGACGGUUCCCGGGUGCAACCGGACCUCCAACGACAAUCAACACCGUGUUCGUUGACUCUGGCACGUGACCCAUCGCGGAACUCUACCGGUGGGCAACAGGGACAUCGGAACAGUGCCAGAUUCAGAGAGAUCCUUUCGAUGGAGUUUGCACGAGACACUGGGGCGGUUUUCGUGGGUGGAACGCGCGAUCGAUAAGCGAACCAACGGCUCUGCGGUGAAACCGAGUCCUGAACGAUAUCGUGACACGGUGGUCCUCGACCCUAACACGUGACCCAAAACUAUCGGUGGCUAGCAGAGGCGGACAGUGCCAGAUCCCAAUGGUUAAACGCUUCUCAUAGAGUUGGUACAGUGCACUCGUGAUUUUCGUGGGUGGAGCGUGUGAUCGAUAAGCGGACCAGCCGUUCUCGGCUACAACUGGGUCGAGCCGACGCGAGCGUUCAAAGAGAUCUGAUGUGACGUCGCUGAACAAGGGUGGUGGGCUGUAUAAAGGGACAAAAUGAGGGGUGGCAGUGGUGAUGUCCCAGUCAUGGUCACUGUUCCCGCCUCCGCGUCUCUCAACGUAAUGACCGGCGACGACAACAUGAGCGACGACGUGUUCGAAGUGGACGACGACGCCUCCAACGCGAUGUCCGGUGGCCUGACGCCCGGAACCACGGACCAGCCACUGACCACAACUCCGUCUCCAACAGGAUAUCGGGACUACAAACCACCAGCGGAAGUGUUCGCCGAAAAUUACGGCUACUCCUCGACCACGUCGAGGGUUUACAACGUCGCCAGCGACUCGAAUAGGACCAAGGAGCUGGAUUAUGGCUCCGCGCGCAAGACAAUCCUACUCGGCGACAGCGGAGUUGGCAAGACCUCUCUGUUGGUUCAGUUCGAUACAGGGAGCUUUCAACCCGGAAACUUCGCAGCCACCGUUGGCAUCGGAUUCACGAACAAGGUGGUCGUCGUCGACGACACGUCUGUGAAGCUUCAAAUAUGGGACACGGCUGGCCAGGAAAGAUUUCGAAGCGUCACGCACGCGUACUACAGAGACGCUCACGCUCUUUUAUUGCUUUACGACGUGACGAACAAGACGAGUUACGACAACAUCAGGGCCUGGCUGAGCGAGAUCCGCGAGCACGCGAACGAGGACGUCGUCAUCAUGCUGCUGGGUAACAAAUCGGACUGCGGACAGGAACGAAUCGUGAAGAAAGAAGACGGCGAGCGGUUGGCGCAAGAGUACAAAGUCCCCUUUAUGGAAACCUCUGCUAAAACCGGCCUGAACGUCGAAUUGGCCUUCUUGGCCGUUGCUAGGGAGUUGAUGGCCCGGAAGAGCAACGACCCUGACGACACCAAAUUCAACGUCCAAGACUACGUUCGUCAACAGUCUCAGCGGAGUUCCUGUUUCAGUUCCAAUUGCCUGACGACUUGAAUUGCGCAACAGCCCUGCGCACACGUUUCCGUACGAUAGAUAAAGCGAACGAUGAAAAGCGAACCGGAACUCGUUGGCCGCGAGAAUGGCGCCAAGUGGUCGUAGCUAUUCGAUUGUUCGUAAUCGGGAUCGAGCGCAGGAAUCGUCGAUUGUCUAUAUCGUUGCAGAAGCUUCGACGAAAAUAUAAAUUUGCACAAUUUAUCGGUCAAAUUCAAAUUUAAUUAUCGAAGUAAUUCCCAUUAGAGUCAAAGUAAUCAACGAUGCUUCACGAUAUAACGUUCCACUACCAGUUCAACGGUAUCGCUUAGACGAAGGAAUGCUAUAAGUGAUUUUCUACAGGGGCUGAGAAUUUAUUUGUAGAGCUAACACAAUAUUGUAGUCCAUUGAUAAGAUAGUCGAAAUAGAGAUAACGCUAAUGAAAUAGAGAGAUUAACGCUACAUUUUCGAGUACGUAAUAAACCUUGAUGCAAAAGGACGUUGGUUUGGUCCAUUACUGUUACAGAUCGUUGAAGCACAAGAUGAAAAAAAAAGCGCGGGAAGAAUGUCGAUAUUUUUUAAAGCGACUGGCACGCAAUGUUUGUUGACGAUACAUGUAUAGAAAUGCGCAGGAUGAGGCACUUCAAACAGGCCUUCUGAAUAAUUUGUCUCAU